ACCGUCCUCCGUUGGUUUCCUGACCAGGCUACACUGAGCGCCGCAAGCGCACGCUUAAACUCUUCCUCUCCAGCUCUCCCUCUCAUUUUUGCAGAGGAUUCUUCAAGCGAUCUGGAACGAUUAAUCUUUGGUAGGGUUUUCUGUUCAUCCGUUUGAGGGGGGGUGGUAAAAGCAGCAGAAAAUGCCUCUAGGACUGAUCUUAGGGCUGGGAAGGGCAAUGCGAAGAAAGAGAACUUCUUCCCUUGAUAUUCUUUCUUCAAAGCGAGCCCCGCGAGAUUACUACAAGGGGAAGAACUGCAAAUCCACUGGUUUCCAUACUCGCAAAGGUGGCUAUGUUGUGAUGACUGAGAAAUUGCCCAACUACGUGGUCCCUGAUUUAACUGACUUCAAGCUCAAGCCAUAUGUAUCUCAGUGCCCCAUAGAAGUGAAAACUACUGAGAACACUGAUGCUUCUGCGGCUAAAUAAAUAAAAAGAUGCUAACAGGAGGUUUACAUACUUCUCUGAUGUUUUAGCUAGAGUUGUUGCCUCUGGUUUUUAAACUUUCCCAAAAAAGUAGGGAGAAAAUGAAUUCAGGAAGUGAGACCUGGGAAACUAUUUUGUUGCCUUUGGCCAAUUAUAUCAGUUGUUACUUCUUGUCAAACAGACAAGUUCUCAGAAGACUAAGGAAUAGAUUCAUACACCAGUGUUCAUUUAA